AUGGCCUUCCUCAGGACUUGUUGUGUGGUGACCAUGAUGGUCACAUUCCUGUCAAAAGGCUGUCAUUCCCAGCUGAGUGUGUGCGGAACACCUCCUCUCAACACUAGGAUCGUGGGGGGUCAGGAUGCUCCUGCAGGGAGUUGGCCAUGGCAGGCCAGUCUUCAGAGAUUAGGCAAGCAUUUUUGUGGGGGAUCCCUCAUCAACAAAGAGUGGGUGCUGACUGCUGCUCACUGCUUCCCCAGUACCAGUUCAUCAGAUGUGAUGGUCUACGUGGGUCGUCAGAGCCAGGAGGGCUCCAACCCCAACGAGGUGAGCCGGACGGUCACUCAGAUCAUCCGCCACCCCAACUACAUCAGUAGUUCCAGUGGCAACGACGUGUGUCUGCUUAAGCUCUCCUCCCCCGUGGAUUUUACAAACUUCAUUCGGCCAGUCUGCCUAGCUGCACCAAACAGCUCUUUCCAUGCUGGAGCUACUAGCUGGGUCACCGGCUGGGGCGCCAUCAGCAGUGGAGUGUCCCUGCCCUCACCCCAGACCCUACAGGAGGUGGAUGUGCCAGUAGUGGGGAACAGGCAGUGUAACUGUAACUAUGGAGUUGGCUCCAUCACUGACAACAUGAUCUGUGCUGGUCUAUCAGCAGGAGGAAAGGAUUCCUGUCAGGGGGACUCAGGAGGUCCGAUGGUGAGCAAACAGGGUACUCGCUGGAUCCAGUCUGGCGUUGUGAGUUUCGGCCACGGCUGUGCCCAGGCAAAUGCCCCAGGAGUGUAUGCUAGAGUGUCUCAGUACCAGACCUGGAUCAACACCCAGAUCACCAGUGACCAGCCAGGCUAUGUCACCUUCACCUCCAGUGGGACUGAUUCUGACCUCAGUGUCUCGUGUACUGGUCUUCCAGCCCCAACUACCACCACAACUGCCCCUACGACCACCACUACCACCACAACUGCCCCUAAAACCACUCUUAAACCGGUGGUGUGUGGCAGUGCCUCUUUGAACUCCCUUGCUGGUGGGGGCUUGGCCUCAGCGGGCUCCUGGCCCUGGAUAGCCAGUCUACAGACAAACGGAACACACGUAUGCGGGGGCACAAUGGUGGCAGAGCACUAUGUCAUGAGCGAUGCUGGGUGCUUCUCCAGGCAGUCCAACGCCUCUCAGUGGACCGUGAUCAUGGGUCGUCUGAAGCAGAGCGGCUCCAACCCGAACGAGGUAACCCUUAACGUCAUCAACAUCACCAUGAGCAACUUGACGGCCAACAACGUGGCAAUCCUCCGACUGGCCAGCCAACCCACGUUGUCUGACUACAUCCAGCCUAUCUGUGUGGACCAGGGAACCAACACCUUCAGCAUAGGGACUCGGUGCUGGGUGGCUGGCUGGGGCACGGGCCAGGGUGGAGCCGAACAGAACUUGCAGCAGUCCCAGACCACUGUGGUGGAUUGUGAGAGCUCCGGCUCCUCUGAUAACAUCUGCACUGCUGCCUUGGACCUUCAACAGGGUGAAAGGGGUGGUCCUCUGAUGUGUAAGCAGGGUGACGCGUGGUACCAGGCUGCUGUGUUGACUGUCGACAGCAGCAACAAGACCAGCUCCAGCGAAACACGAUGGAGCCGGAGUCCUCGCUCCUCCAACAUCCAGGUCUUCACCAAAACCGCCCGCUUCCAGAGCUUUCUUCAGACCACUGUGGACACAUUCCCUUCACCCGUCACAGCCAGAACCCCCACCAAUGGCCCCAACACUGCCAACGGCACAACUGUCAGCGCAACUGCCGCUGUCGUUACUCCUGCCAGUGAGGCAACUCUGGCCCAAUCAUCCCUCUUCCUGCUCUUCUUGUCUCUCCUCUCUCUCCCACUGUCUCUCAGUCAAGGCUGGUGACGCUGAGGAGGCACCUUUAUGUAAACCUCUGGCAAUAGGAUCUAGAUAUCCUCAGUUUGAAGUAUGUACCAUUGCACUUUAUAUAUUGUUGCUAUAGAGUAUUUUGGUGAGUUUAAUCUUGGUUAAUCCAGAACUAAAAUCUUGCGUAAUUUGGUCAGCUGCGUGAUUUAGUUCUGGGUCCAUAUGUGUUAGAAAUUGAGAGUUCGGGUUUGCGAAGUCUCCACCCCAUCGCAAAAGGAAACUCUCAGCCAAAGCACUGACAUUUAAGCACCGCCUUCGCCCAAUCCUGAUACGUCCAAAUUAUCAUUGAGGAAAACCCAAACAUUGUAACUACUGAUUCUCGUUAUCCUAUGCAUCUCAUUCCGUCACCACAGAUUAUUUGGUUUAUGUGCAGAAUUUGUCCACGAGAGAUUAUGGUGAGUUAAACACUCCUGCCAAUAUGUAACAGCAAUGCCUGGUCUAAUGCUGUCUGCAAACUGAAAAACACAAAGCUUAUCUCAUCUAAUUGUUUAUUUAUUCUGACUGGAUUCAAAUAUGAAACUGCCACUGUAAUCAGUUUGAGCUCACAAUAAUUCUUUCUUUGUACUCUUAUCAAAUCUAUGCAGUUCAGUAUUUCAUGUUAUGUCACAGAUCAGGAAAUGCUUUAUUUAAAUGUUAUGACUUGAUCUACUGUUUUAUCCGGAAAUUAAAAUGAUCAAUUAA